AUGAAGCUGGCAGAGGUGCACAUCAAGCUUGAGAGCAGGCACGAUGCGGCGACAAGCUGGGUGGAGGCAGCCAAGGCCUUCCUCAAGUCUGACCAGCGCCGCGCGGUGUCGUGCUUGCAGCAGGCUGUGUCGCUCUACACCGACAUGGGCCGCCUGGGCAUGGCGGCGCGGCAGCUGAGGGAGAUAGCGGAGGUGCUGGAGAAGGAGGGGAACAAGGAGGAGUGCAUCAUGUUUUACGAGCAGGCAGCCGACCUGUUCCACACAGAGAACAGCAUGGCUGAGGCCAACAAGUGCAACCUCAAGAUUGCGCAGUAUGCUGCGGAGCUGGAGCGCUACCCGCAGGCGGUGGCCAUCUACGAAGAUGUGGCGCGGGCCUGCGUGGAGAACAACCUGCUGAAGUACAGCGCCAAGGGCCACCUUCUCAACGCUGGCAUCUGCCUGCUGUGUUCCGCGGAUGUGGCCACCGUGCGAGGCGCGCUGGAGCGCUACUGCGACACAGACAUAAACUUUGACAACAGCAGGGAGCACACGUUCCUGGCGGCGCUGGCUGAUGCUCUGGACGAGGGUGAUGUGGAGGCCUUCACCACCGCGGUAGCAGACUACGAUUCCUUGACGCGGCUGGAUGCCUGGAAGACCACGCUGCUGGUGCGUGUGAAGCGCAAGAUUACGAGCAGGGACGAGGUGGAGGAGGAGGACUUGACAUGA